AUGGAUCCACUUCUCAUCCGACGUAACAAUGGAGUCGAAAGCCCCACUGUUCUUGGCGCGAUUGAUAGUCGAAUAGGAAACACUAAUGAAACUGUCAUCGAAGAACUUCUCAUUCCAAAAGCUCGACUUUCCGAUACAGGACGGUACACGCUUUCUGUGAGAGUUGGAGGUCGAGUAGAGAAAACCCAGUGGAUGGUUCGCGUUUAUCCAAAACCUGCACAACUUCGAAUGGAUGUACUAUCCACACACGACUUUCAACAAUUCAAUCGCUUCUACUACAAAACCAACUCGACGAUUCGAGUGCGCUGCUAUUCCACAAGCCUUCAACACGAGCCCUCUUUUGUCUACCUGCAAAAUGCCCAGCGUCAUCAAGUUGAGAAUAAGGAAAUUACUCGAUUGAAAGGCCAACCUGGGAUCAUUUGGAGCCCGAUUGUCACCGAUGAUUUGGAUGUUCUUUGUGAAGGAUGGCAGACAAAGAGGAUACAAAUUUGGGCCGCUGAAGAAGCACAUGCUGUGUCGAAACAUGUUGUCAAAAGGGACAAUUCUAUUGAUGAGGACUUGGAAUCAAUAUAUGAAGGUGAUGAUGUGCUGAUCAAAUGUCGAGCUAUCAAGGACAAAUCAGUCACAAUGCGCUGGCUGCACAACCAAGUAGAAAUUGCAAAGAACGAAGAGAAAAUCACCCAAGGUCACUCGUUUAUCCUUGAAGCGAAACUCAAUAAUAUCACCGUCCAACAAUCAGGUGAGCUAAUCUGUGUGACUGAGCACAACCAGGGAAUCACAGCGUUCAAUCAAUCGGUCCAGAUUGAGGUUAAAGAAGUAUCGGCUCCGUUACUACUCGAAAAAGAAGAAGAGAAGAUUCGGGUCAGAGCCGGCGAAGACCAUCGACUUGAAUGCAAAUUGAGCGGAAGCCCGACUCCAAGCGUCACUUGGUGGAAAGAUGGGAAACAAUUAACUGAGGGAACCAAUGGAAUGGAAUAUUUGAGUGGAAUUCCAUGCAUCCAUCGAGAUCUAGCAGCGCGAAAUGUUCUACUUACAGCGAAUAACAUCUGCCGAAUCGCUGACUUUGAUGGCGCGAUAAAUCGGCAGCCUGAGUUUGCCCACGACGAUUUAUUUGAUUUAAUGCAACAGUGUUGGCAGUAUGCACCUGAAAAUCGGCCGCUUUUUACGGAGUGUGUUCAUCGACUGAAAGAUCAUCUCAAAAAAGCAUCACCCGAUUUCUGUGAAAAGAUGCAGGAAAAACUUUCGCUAGAAAUGAAACGACUAGCCUCAUAUGAUGAAUGGAGAGAAAGCAGUGUGAUUGAGCCAAUCGAUUUCAUCGAUACAUCCAAAAUCCCUUACACGUCACCACCACUUCCGCUCAAAAUAAGCAGAAAGGCCACGAUGUCU